GGCAACACGCGGAAACUUGAGCGAACCAGCGAGCGACCGAUGGGCCUCCCCUGCCAGCGUCGAGCACCGAGCCUUUGCGCCAGUCGCGCCGCUCGGUCAUGGCCUUGGCACCAACGCAUUGCGAUUGUCCAGCACCGAUGCGCUUGCCUGCGACCGGCGCCGACUCGGCGGAGCGACAGGGCUCGGCGCUUUUACCCGUCGCCUUUACCCGUGGUUUCUACAGCUUUGGCGCCGGCGCUACACAAGCUUAUUUGCGAAUUCGCCACCUCGGACUCGAACCUGUCGAUCGCAUGCUUCCGCUCCGCUGCUCUGCCCUCGGCAUCUCGCUCGCGCUGGUUGCCGGCCAUGGCAUCGUGUCCAACCCCGCGGCCGAGUUCUCGCUCAACGUCAUGCGUACGACGUACGUGGCGACGAUCCAAGCCAACCUGCCCGGCAAGUUUGACGGCUCGCCGCAAGAGAAUGUCGCGGCCUUUACAAGUGCCUUCAAGGCGCAGUCCCAGUUCAAGACGCUCCGCGAUAUGCUCGAGCCCCAAGGGCCGGCCUGCGGCAACUCGCUUCCGAACGCCUCCAAGAAGACGAUCCCGUCCGAUGGCACCAUGACGUGGCGGAACCCCGACACGGGCGAAGGCUUCAUCUCGAGCCACACGGGUCCGUGCGAGGUAUGGCUGGACGACAAGCGCGUGUUCCAGAACGACGACUGCCCGACGAACUUUCCGCAAAAGCCCGCGGCCCACCUGCCGGUCGACUACUCGAGCUGCGCGGGUGACGGCUGCAUGCUUCGCUUCUACUGGCUCGCGCUGCACCAGCCCCAGUGGCAAGUGUACAAAAACUGCGUGCCACUGCAAGGCAACGGCCAAGCCGUCAAGGCCAUCAAGGCCGACAAGCCAUCUCCGACCAUGGCGCCGGCGCCUGGCUGCAGCCUCUCGAACGGACAGUACAAGGCGUAGGCGACGAUAGGAUACGAUCUCGCGUUUCCUUUGUAUCGAAAGCUCCUCAAGUGUUGUCUCUGCGUC